AUGAAGAACCAAGUCCAUGUGAGGACGAUGGAGGAAGUUGCAACACCGGACAGAGGCAGCACGAAGCUGUCCGGCAGCCGCGCCUUGAGGCCCCAACCAGAACUAGGUGUCAGGGCCGGGCAGCUAUCUGUGAGUCAUGAUGGAGCCUAUGCAGCAGCAGCCGGCACAUCCGUAGAGGACCCUGAUCAGGCGGCUGUUUCGGUGCUGGACCUGACGUUCAGGAGGCCAGCAGCCCGAGAUGGGACUGGCGCAGAGCGGUGCGAGAGCGCUCAGGUUGAUGAGGAGCAUUUCAGGUCCAGGCCGGGGCUGCGAGUGCUUCAGAUGGCCUGGCAUCCAGGGAGCAGCACUCAUCUGGCAGUGUUGACAAGCGACAACAGUUGGCAGCUGUACCAUGCUGGCAACCUGUCCCACCCUGAGCAGCGCUUUGAGCUCAGAUUGCAGCGGCGAAGGGGGGUGGGAGUGGAUGGGGGAGAGGGCAGGCGAGCAGUGGCCUUUGCUUUUGGGCCGCAGCAUUCCUGGCAGCGUUUCACGGUCUAUUUCCUGUGCUCGGACGGGGCGAUUUUCGCGCUGUGCCCCGUGGCCUGCUUUGGCGCCGGAGUGCCAGCCAGUGCGGUGCAGGCACUGUCAGAGGCGACUGCUGAGAGGGAUGACCUCGCACACUCCGGCACCACAAAAGCCUGGCUGCAGCAGGCCCUGUCAGGGCCACCGGUGCAGGGCAGCCUGGGGGUUGGGGGAGUGAGCGUGCAGCGCCUUGCCCUGGACGAGCAUGUGCCAGGGCUGUGUGGGCCGCUGGGCGUGGCCUGCGCGGAGGGUACAGCCGCCAGCUUCCUGGAGUGGGCGCAGGAGGACGUUGAAGCUGUCAGCCUCUGCGUCAACUGGUUUGGUGGAGCUGCAACGGUGCUGGCCGUGGCAUCUGCUCGUGGCCUGCUGGGCUUGCACCUUCUGGCAGAGGACAUCUUUCCCACGUGGGCAGAGUCCGCUCCGCUCUGCCUCACAGACGACACCCUCCUGCUGGGUGUGCGGUCGGAGGUGCCAGUUGUGGAUGAAGCGCCCCCGAGCCUUCUCCUGCUGGACCUUGUAGACCUCCAGUCACAGGCAGCCUCCAGGGGUGCGCCGGACGGCGAGCACACAGGGCGGGUGGCAAUGCACCUGCUGCCUGAUGAGGCUGCCCCAGAGAGGCUCUUCGUGCGCACCCAGUCAGCUGCCUGGAUCGUCACUCUGUCAUGGCUGCCAGCCCUCGCCAACUUCCUCGCCGAAGACAGGGAAGCCUUGGAGGAGGUGGCAGAGCUGCCACCACCCAGGGUGGAGCAGCUUUUCACUGCACAGCCGGGCAGCACACUCACUGGAGCCUGUGUGGUGGGGGAUGCGCUGUCUGGCACCGCCCUCGUUCUGCUCACCUCCGACGGGGCCCACCACUGCCUGCGGCCCUCUGGCAGCCUCCCAGCAGACCAGCAGCCGAGGAGCGAGCAGCGGGACGCAGCAGCCCGCGAGGUUGAGGAGCAGGUGCAGCAGCUGUACGGGGCGCUGCUGCGCGGCCCAAAGGGGCAGCGCCAGUCGGAUGGCCGAGCGUUGGCCGUCAGCAGCCCCGAGGGCACCAGGGCGCUGGGCGAGGGCAUCCGGUCGCUGCUUGAGCGCCACGUGGAGUUCAUCCACCAAGGCCACCACCACCUGUUGCCGCGUGUGGAGGAGCUGAAGGCAGCGGGUGAGGCGCAGCUGCACCAGCUGGAGCGCAUGACUGACCUCCACGCGGCAGUACAGCACAGCCAGGACACCCUGGUCGCCCGCCUGGACCGCGCCUCAAAGCUGCAUGCCAACCUGCAGUCCCGGGUGAAAUUGUUGGCGGAGCUGCACUUCCAGCUGCCGCGGCCGCUGUCGCUGGCGGAAACUCGCAUGCGCGACGUAGUCAUCCCUGACGCUGAGGCCGCCCUCACGGACCUCCAACGCAGCGUCCAGAGUGCGAGGAGGCGCUGGGCGGCGCUUGGCAGCAAGGCGCAGCAGAAAGCGGCGGCACCGAUGACAUCAUCGGUGACGUCACCGUCGGUGCCGGCCGCGCAGCUGCGCCGCGUGCGCGCAGCGCUUGCGGAGCAGGCCGCUCUCACCGCAUCCGCCAGCCGGGGCCUGGCCGCCAUGCAGGCCUGGCUGCAGGCCUGGCAGCAGGAGGCUCAGUAUUAG